GCGCUCCAUAGUUCUCUUCCGGUGCGGCUUUCCCUUCGUGUGGAAGGCCGUUCCCAAAGAAGCGGCAGGAUAGUCAGCUCCUCGAUUUCUCCGGCCACGGGCACACGGCCUCGAGAGAGGACUCCCCAGACCCAAUGGCCGGGAUUCUGCGCUCAGUCAGUCAGAGACCCCUGGGCAGUCUACAGCCUGUGACAAAAGGUGUGGAGUCUCUCAUUUGCACGGAGUGGAUUCGCCACAAAUUUACCAGAUCAAGAAUUCCAGAUAAAGUCCUUGAGUUUUCUCCACCAGAUCAUGAAAAAUAUGGUGGAGAUCCACAAAACCCUCAUAAACUGCAUAUUGUUACCAGGAUAAAAAGUACAAAAAGACGGCCAUAUUGGGAAAAAGAUGUAAUAAAGAUGCUUGGAUUAGGAAAAGCACAUACUCCUCAAGUUCAUAAGAAUAUCCCUUCAGUGAAUGCAAAACUGAAAGUGGUGAAACAUUUGAUAAGGAUCCAGCCACUGAAGUUGCCACAAGGACUCCCGACAGAGGAGGACAUGUCUGACACGUGCCUCAAGAGCACUGGGGAAUUAGUGGUGCGGUGGAAUCUAAAACCUGUGGAGCAGGAAGGAAUUAAGUCCUAAUGCCAGAGCAGCCUCAGAUUUUAGAAAUGUAAAUCAUUUUUAUUUAAAGAUGAUGAAAAGGUGUUUUCAUUAAAAUAUAUUUUAAAUAACCA